AUGGCCACGGAACAAACGUCCGUGUAUGGCGGAGACGGCGGCAAUCCGUACGAACUCUACGCCGAUGAUCCCAGCGCAAUUGUGACGCUCCUCGAAGUCUGGUGCGGCUGGGGCAGCGGCAACUGCAGCGACAGAUGGGUUCUCAAGGGCAUCGGACUCACCUGGUCCGACGGGAGCUCGAGCAACAUCUACAACCAUCCCGAUAAGGAUAGUGACAUGUACCAGACGUUUAUGUUCCCACAAGACGGCACCGCCACCUGGUCCCUCCGGACCGGCUAUCGCAUCGAUCAGCUGAGUUUCUUGACGAACAGAGGAGUCCCGUGGGUUACGGGAGGCGACGGGGGAGUUCCCAGCGAUGAGAUUGCCACGGGCCAUUUGAUCGGCUUUGAAGGAAACGCAGGCUGGGAAAUUGACUCUCUCAGCGUUAGAUUCAAAGAGAUCCAAUGA